AUGACCGACUGGUUGAGCCUUUUGAAGACCGCCAAGAAAUCCAGCAUAAUAGACAAGAAUCUAAAAAAAGUGAGGUACGAGUUGAACACGGGACAGGAGCUGGUGGAGGAGUACAACAUGGAUACGGGCGUGUUGACCAGAAGAGCGUGGAAAUGCACCGGUCAAUUUUCGAACCAAGAGAAAUGGGACAUCGAAAUAGGCGAGCCCGAACCGAAUUACGACAGUAAAGGAGACGACGUGAUCAGAGAGAGCUCCGGACAGCCGACGGUGUCCCGAAGGAACACGAAAACUAACUUGGAAUGGAGGAUUCGCAAUUUGCCUUACCCCGUAAACACGUAUACCGUAACGGCGGAUACGGACGAACAUUGCCUCGUCGUCAGGACGAGCAAUAAAAAGUAUUUCAAGAAACUCCCCAUUCCGGACCUUUCCAGAUUGAAUAUCAUGCUGGAGCAGGCCAACGUGUCGUUCACUCACAAAUUCAACACGUUGAUUAUCGCAUAUCAGAAACCUAAGCAACUGUUGGAUUUCGAACGGGCCCUGUACGAGGAAAUUAAGAAUAUCGAGCCCCAAAAUCAGGACGCCAUUGGAUCAAAUUUUUGCAAUUGA